AUGGAGCGGGCCGCGUUGUUCGCCCACGGGCGGGAAGCGCCGAUGGCUGCCGGGGACGUGGGCGAGCUCUUGGUCCCCUACAUGCCCACCAUCCGGGUGCCCAAGACCGGCGAUCGCGUCUACAAGACCGAGUGUGCCUUCUCCUACGACUCGCCCGACUCCGAAGGAGGCCUUUACGUUUGCAUGAAUACUUUCCUGGGAUUUGGAAGGGAACAUGUAGAAAGGCAUUAUCGUAAGACUGGACAGUGUGUAUACUUGCAUAUCAAGAGGCACAUGAGAGAGAAGGUAACAGGGGCAUCUGGUGGAGCUUUACCAAAAAGGAGAAACACCAAGCUAUUUUUAGAUCUUGAAUCUAACGGUGAUUUAAAUAAUGAUGAUUAUGAGUAUGAGGAUGAAGCUAAACUUGUCAUAUUUCCAGACCACUAUGAAAUUCCUUUACCCAAUAUAGAAGAACUGCCAGCACUGGUGACAAUAGCUUGUGAUGCAGUCCUCAGUUCGAAAUCUCCCUACAGAAAGCAAGACCCAGACUCAUGGGAAGAAGAGCUGCAAAUCUCCAAACAUGCCAACACUCUGGUGCAAAUGGACAACGGGGUCAGGAUUCCACCAAGUGGCUGGAAGUGCUCCAAGUGUGACUUACGGGAGAAUCUUUGGCUAAACCUCACUGAUGGAUCAAUACUUUGUGGCAAAUGGUUCUUCGAUGGCAGUGGAGGAAACGGACAUGCGCUCGAACAUUACAAGGAGAUGGGUUAUCCCUUGGCAGUGAAGCUUGGAACGAUUACUCCUGAUGGUGCAGAUGUUUAUUCCUUUGAGGAAGAGGAGGCUGUUGUGGAUCCUCAUGUCGCCAAACACUUAUCUCAUUUUGGAAUUGACAUGCUCCAAAUGCAUGUGACAGAGAAUGGCCUGAAAGAUAAUGACAUAAAACCCCGAGUUUCUGAAUGGGAAGUCAUUCAAGAGUCGGGCAUGAAACUGAAACCAAUGUAUGGACCUGGAUAUACCGGCAUGAAAAACUUGGGGAACAGCUGCUACAUCAACAGUAUAUUGCAAGCCAUUUUCAGUAUUCCUGAAUUUCAGAGGGCGUAUGUGGGAAACCUUCCAAGGAUAUUUGACUACUCUUCUUUGGACCCAACACAAGAUUUCAAUACUCAAAUGGCUAAAUUGGGACAUGGGCUUCUUUCAGGCCAGUAUUCGAAACCUCCCGUGAAAUCUGAGCUUAUUGAACAGGUGAUGAAGGAACAACACAAGCCUCAGCACAAUGGCAUUUCUCCGCGCAUGUUCAAAGCUUUUGUAAGCAAAGGGCACCCCGAAUUUUCCUCCAUUCGGCAACAGGAUGCACUAGAAUUUCUUCUGCACCUUAUCAACCUGAUAGAGAGAAACCGGAUUGGCUCAGAAAACCCCAGCGAUGUCUUCCGUUUCUUGGUUGAAGAACGGACGCAGUGCUGCCAGACCAGAAAAGUACGGUACACGGAGAGGGUGGAGUAUCUCAUGCAAUUGCCUGUAGCAAUGGAAGCUGCAACAAACAAAGAUGAAUUGAUUGCCUAUGAAUUGAAGAGAAGAGAAGCAGAAACAGCAAGGAGGCCCCCACCAGAAGUGGUCCGGGCAAGGAUCCCUUUCAGUGCUUGUCUCCAGGCCUUUUCUGAACCAGAAAAUGUAGAAGACUUCUGGAGCAGUGCCCUUCAAGCCAAGUCUGCUGGCGUUAAAACGUCUCUCUUUGCUUCCUUUCCUGAAUACCUGGUGGUUCAGAUAAAGAAAUUUACUUUUGGUCUCGACUGGAUCCCUAAGAAGCUUGAUGUUUCUAUAGACAUGCCAGAUCUUCUGGACAUCAGUCACCUCCGAGCAACAGGCCUUCAACCAGGAGAGGAGGAACUUCCAGACAUCUCUCCACCUGUGAUCAUUCCCAAUGACCCCAAAGAUGGCAUGAUGAACCAUUUCAUGGAGCCCCCAGAUUUUGAUGAAUCCUCCGUGAUGCAGCUAGCAGAGAUGGGGUUUCCGUUGGAAGCAUGCCGAAAAGCCGUGUACUAUACUGGCAACAUGGGUGCCGAGGUGGCUUUCAACUGGAUCAUUGCACACAUGGAAGAACCAGAUUUUGCAGAGCCUUUACCCAUCCCUGGCUAUGGAGGAAUGGCCUUUUCCCGAACAGGAGGGUCAGGAGGUCCUCCAGGGUUGGAUAAUCAGCCUCCAGAAGAGAUGGUAGCCAUAAUUUCCUCUAUGGGAUUUCAGCGGAAUUUAGCUCUUCAGGCACUACGGGCAGCAAAUAACAACUUGGAGCAUGCAUUGGAGUGGAUCUUUAGUCACCCUGAGCCAGAGGAAGAAACUGAAGUAGCUUCUGAGGUCAUGACUAUAGAAAACCAUGUGAAUGCUAACAUCCUUGCAGAAUCUGAUCCGGAAGGACCCCGGAUUAAAGAUGGACCAGGAAGAUAUGAACUCUUUGGCUUCAUCAGUCACAUGGGGACAUCCACCAUGAGCGGCCAUUACGUUUGUCAUCUGAAAAAGGAAGGAAGGUGGGUUAUCUACAACGACCUUAAAGUUUGUGCCUCGGAGCAGCCACCCAUAGAGUUAGGAUAUAUUUACUUCUAUCACAGGAUACCAAGUUAGACCUCACUAUGUUCUCUGGCCUUAAGAAGCCAUAAGCCUUUUUAUUCUGCCAAAAAUGUGUUUCAAGUAAGCAAAGCCAAAAAAAGAAAAGAAAAGCAAGAAGGAAAAUAUUUGGUCCUAUUUAUAGCUUAAAUCAGGAUAAUUCAAUUGAUGCCUUCUUAAACCUUGUAGAGGAGAGCUUUCUGUUAAAUGAUGGUGCAUUGUAGGAUUUUAAAGUGUGUCUACAUUUUGUGGAGACCUUAAGACUGUUCUGACCACUAGCAGAGGUUGCAGCAAACAUCCAGAGAACACAAAACUGUUCCCGCACUGAGAAGAAGUUUCCAUCUUACUUUUAACCCUUAAGGACUGAGGGUAGCGAAGCCGUUGCUUUGAACUAGGAAUUCAUCACUAUUCUGGAUGAAAUCUUAUUUGCUAGCAUGAAAAGUUGCUUAUCUGGAGCCCUAAGCUUCCAAUUAAAAAGAGGAAAAAAAAGAUGUAAGACCCCAGAAUAUUUUGCAGACUUCAGAGCUUGAAAUUAAACCUAAUUAUUGAAGCCAAGGUGACUUAUAUUGUGUCCCAAUACAGUCUGAAUGGUGGUUUUUUUUUUUCAUUUGGGAUUUGAUCACAUGCCAUGAUUUAUUUUAUUUUAUUUUAUUUCUGCACCGGAUGAUUGAUGGUCCUAAAGUUCCCCAUCUAAGAAAGUGCUCAUUUCAUUCCCUGCAAUGAAUCAGUGUACGCACAUAUGCGUUUAUCUGGCUGUAUAACGGUGUCCCUUCCACCAGCCUGCGCAAGUGUUUAUGAGGGCCUGUGGAUCGAUAAACAUCAGCAUGGCUAUUUCCCCUCCUUUGUUAUGAAUUGCAAAUAAAGUUUGAAACAUGCAUCAUAGAAAUGCAUGGGA